CCUCCCGUGUUUUCCUCCGGAGGCUGAACCGCUCUGUGUGCGUCUGGGUUUACCAUUCAGAAAGCUCGGCGCUUGUGCCUGAGGAGAACUGGAAAUCCGCUAUUGGAAGAUGGGCUGUUGCUCCGGAAGAUGCAUGCUGGUCCUGCUGUGCUGCGUGCAGCUGAUUACCGCGGUGGAGCGGCAGGUGUUCGACUUCCUGGGCUACCAGUGGGCUCCCAUCAUGGUCAACUUCUUCCAUAUCGUCGCGGUCAUCUUGGGACUUUUCGGGGCCAUCCAGUACCAGUCACGCUACGUCACCAUGUACCUGCUGUGGAUGUUUGUGUGGAUUGGCUGGAACGUCUUUGUGAGUUGUCUCUACCUGGAUUUGGGAGGCCUUUCGAAGGACAGCCACAUCCUCUCCCUGGGAGUUUCCUCACAUUCCUCCUGGUGGAAGAACAAUGGGCCGGGAUGUCAGAGCCAGAACCCACCCUCUGACAGGUGGAACGAGCACCAGAACCCCCAGCUGGCCUCAGUGCCGAGCUGCUGGCUGCAGUACCAGUACCUGGAGGUUCUGCACUGCGCCGCCCAGCUCCUUCUCUCCUGGGAGUCGUUUGUUCCUGUCAUGCUGUCAGCAGGUUUCCAGAGGAAGAGAGCUACUACAAAUGACUGUAAGGAACAUCUGUUCAAAGACACUGUAAAGAAUCCAGGCAGAAAAGGACCAUUAAGACCCAAUCGUCAUCUUCAUCGUCUUAAUUUUGGUUGUGAAACUUGUGAUCAAGGCAGGGAUUUAAAAUGUGUCAAGGACAUAAUCUUCCAGCUUAAGAAUCAGAUUGGGUCCUAAUCUACGUGUCUCCUCGUCUGUAAAACAUUUAAGAUGAGCUCGACGAAAGCUCCUGUUUAAAUGAAUCUCCGUUUUUCCCAAUACUGAGUGUACUACACAUGUGUUACCACUAGGUGGCGCAUAGACGUUUCUUCACCUCAAAUGGGUAAAAAGAAGAAGGUGCAUCACUUCUCUAGAAACAUUUCAUAGAAAAAAAAGAGGGCUGUGCUAAGUGCAGCAUUUUUUUUAUGGGACAUUUCAACAUUUCAUUUUUGUUGUAAAAAAACUGCAUAAAAAAUAUGUGAUUAACAAUAAAGUAAUAAUAAAAUUAAACAUUUUAUGCUUCUGUUUCUGUGUACUGUGGCUAACUUAUAGAGAAUGAGCUGUAAAAAUUGCUAUAUGAAUUAAUAAAAGUUGUAUCUAGCGUAUGACCGGUCCAAAAAAAGUUCCAACAGAAUAAAGUAUUUGUAAUGUGUUUGAAUCUCAACAUGUGGGUUAGACUUUGGAGGGAGUGUUUUAAAUGUUUGCCCCAUUUUUGUUUAGUUCACUAAAUGUACUGAUCGGGAAAAAGUGUUGUGAUUAUUUUUAAUGGACUUUUCAUUGUUUCUUCUUGCUGAUUUUGUUCUUUUAAUUAUUUUCUGCACCUCAAGACCUAAAGAAAGUGAAACCAGUCAACCUGGAGUAAAUGGUUUUUAUUUUUAGUUAUUUGUUGCUUAAAUUAAUAUUAAAUUUUGCACCGGUAGCCUAAAUAUGAUUUAAUUGUCUUUAGUUUCAACUCCAUGGUUUUUAUUUGUGUCAUAAUAAAUCACCUGGAUUUCACAUUAAAUCACAACUGGUCAUGGUCUGUUUAA